AGAGGAAGUCAAAUUGAAUAAUAAUUUCAUUUAUAUAGCGUCAACAUUGUAAAGAUUUUAAUGGUGCUUGCAGAUUAAUUCGUUUGAACUCUUGAGACUAAUCAAGAGUCGCGAUGGACUGUCCACUCAAAAGCGGUAACCCCAAGCCUAAUUUGAGUUCCAGACGGGGCAUAUAUGAAACUUCACUCAGCUGUGACGGCAUUAGUUUUCAUCACUUCCAUUGAUGGCGUGGCAGAUGAAUACAGCACACAAGGAAUACAAACCUUUAGCCUGUCAACUGAGGUAUGAUGGAUUUCUGGAUGACCUGAUUUUGUAAGUCAGAAGUGGCAGUUUAGAGUCUGCAAAUGUAACUAUUUCCAAAGAUAUAGAGUUAACGUCUUGUAAUUGUGUAUUUUUUGCAUAAAUCAAAAAUUAUUGCUUGCACACGUUAUUUGACACAUGCUUCGUAAGUGUAAAGAUCAAUCUAACUAAAUGUAUCCAUUAAUUGUCAAAGAUUCGGGGACACAAUUCAAGCAUCGAUUAUUUUCAUCUUGCUUUUACGGUCUCAAUUAUACAGCUCCAUAAGAUCAAAAAGCAUCGUUUCUUUGACACAUGAUUUUAUAUGGGUUUCGUGAGUGCACAAAUCUAUUUUUAAUCAAUGAAUUGAUGAAUUGUGACAUGCCUCGGGCAGAAUGAGGGUGGACGAUGGCGAGGAGAAAGGCGUGGAUUAGGAUUUGUGCUUGAAAGUGCAUUGGUGCCCCAUCCUUAUAGUGUCUUGAGAUCCGAUCAUAUUGAGAUGCUUUACAAACCAAUUUUUUUUACUCUGAAGUGAGACUUGUGGAAGCAUACGAUGCAUUCAUUUCAUUUUUUCUUUUUUAUAUCUCCCUUGUAUUCCUUUUUGCCAGUCGACGCAUGUCAGACAGGAACAUAAAAUAGAGUGUGAUCCAAGAUUGAUAAUUGUACUAGGAACCGCAUCAUUAUCGAUGUGUUGAAUAGUUGCAUUUCAUAGUUACACAGCAAGUGGCGAUCCUGUGUUUAUCUGCCACUUUACAAUAAUUCGGAUUUUUCUGAUGUACAAACACGAUCUUCUUCUUCUCAGACGAGGAGACUGUUGAGCCCUCUUCGGGUUUCAUCAUCCGUCUCGUGAUGCCGAUGCAAGUCGGCAGUCAAGUCGUAACCUCAUCAUCCCCACACGACGGAACCACACAAGGUCUGUCUGCUGGCAGCCACGUUUCCAGGACAGUUCCGCCAACGACAGCGACGAUAACACCGCCGGUAACAACGGCGGUCACCGCAAUGACCGGCAGCGGCAUUCGUAUUGACCGCUGCUUCGCGGAAAUGAAACCAGACAUGCAGGAGCAGUCCGCUCAGCCCAGAGCUUCGAUCAUCGCGCAACAGCCAGCCGCGCCCACCAGAGGCAACAAGCUGUACUUCUGCAACCUGUGCGGCCAGGGUUUCACACAGAACGCCAUGCUCAACGUCCACCUGCACAAGCACACGUGCGAAAAGCUCUACAUAUGCGCCAUGUGCGGCCGAGGCUUUUCCAGCAGCACCAACCUGAACAUCCAUGAGCGGACCCACACAGGCGAGAAGCCAUACCGCUGCGGAGUGUGCGGCCAGGCGUUCACGCAGCCCAACAGCCUCAAACGACAUCAGCGCAUGCACACCGGCGAGAAGCCAUACCGCUGCGGAGUAUGCGGCCAGGCGUUCACGAGCAAGCCCAACAUGAUAUACCACCAAGGCAAGCACCUGAGCUAGACACCGCCACAACCUCUGCCACCGCAGUGAUGCACGGUUGUGCAUUGGUGCUGGUGCGUACCUUCAAACACGAAAUGGGUUGUGUGUGACCCUCGGUAUUAAUACUGAGACACGGGAACUUCCACAUCACUACAGGGGUGCUGCCCUAUGCAAACUUUCCUUGGUUAAAACCUCUAUCCUCGCUGUUCUAUUUUCCAAUUUGAUCUGCUGUUGGUAAAUUCAUCAAGAUUUGAUUGCAUUUAGAUACUAUGUACAUUGAAAUUGUCAUUUGCACUGCCUUUUUGGAAAUGGCUGUGGUGGCGUGCAUAUAGUCCAAAUAUAUUAAUGAAAUCAUGUUUGGACAUUGCAAAAACUGGAUUUUUUUUCAGAAAGUUGAAAAAAAAGUUAUUUUUCUACAUACCAUGUUUCCUAGGAUUUAGGGUAUAGGAGUAAAUGUCAGGGACAAGUAUUCUAAUCGAUUAAGAUUUAUUCGACAAUUUUAUAGCACGAGUUAUUUGUCAAAUUAUAAAUCGUUGUUACAAACGUUCACAAGGAAAGUCAUACAUUGCUUCUCCCUAAAUUAUCUUUCAAACCACUUUCUUUGGCCAAUGGUUUGGAAAAAAAUCCCUUCAUAAAAAAAUCAUUAAUGGUUGCCGUUAUCCUGAACUACAGUAAUUUACAUAGUUUGCAACCCU